AUGUCUUUUGCAAGGCUUCUUUGUCUGUCCCUUGAGGUCGCAGGAAUGUGGAUUACGGCUAGCCCACCGAACCCGUCUCCCACCAAGCAACGCUGCUUGAUUCCAAAUUGGAGAGAGGAGUUUUUGAGGAAGCUUGCCUGGCCUUGCGUCUUCCUGAGGACGAUCUUCUGGUUGACUGCCCUUACGGAAGCAAUGGCUAUCGUCACUAAUAUGGUUUAUUUAUCCUCUAAGAGCCGACGGCCCUUCAUCAUGGAAUUCACUCUCAUCACGUCAAGUUUUCCACAUGCGCUCUCAGCUGAGAGGGUAGCCGUUACACCGUUAUCUUUGCUGGGAAGCAUGACCACCUUUCUAGGCGCGAUGCUCCGCGUCUCAUGCUACAAUACGUUGGGAAAACUCUUCACAUUCGAGCUCAGUCUCCAUCGAGGACAUCGUCUCAUCACCGCCGGCCCGUACAACUACAUUCGACACCCAAGUUAUACGGGCAUGAUCAUGACCAUUAUCGGGGUUAUCUGCAGCAAUGCUGCUAAAGGAUCUUGGCUCCGGGAGAGCGGCAUCAUUCAUUUCCCCCUUGUGCAAAUCACCGUGGCCUACUGGCUGACGGUGGCAAUGGCGGUGAUUGUUAGCCUUGUCCUGCGUAUACCAAAUGAGGAUGAGAUCCUCCGACAGGCGUUCGGGGAAGAGUGGACGGCAUGGUCGAAGAAAGUGAAGUAUAGUCUCAUUCCAGGCUUUUACUGA